GCGAGCUACGGUACCAUUGAGCCCGUGCGCCGCGCGCGACCUUCGCACGACCUUGGGAGGAAUAAUCUACAGAGUGCAUCAAAGAGCUACACUAUGCUGUUUACCAUCCUGAUCUAUCUGGUGUACUACAUGGUGUAUACCAUUCUCUUGGCGAUCGCCGGCCUCUGGUGCUUCGAGGAGUGUGUGCUCACCGAGGAAGAGGAGUACGACUUUGUGACACACCACAGAGCGUUGCCGUACUGAACAACGUGCACUGCUCUAUUGUGCCACGAUUGCGUCUUCCUUGAGCUGCGAGUCCUGCUUAACUGAGCAACGAGUCCCGCUCAACUGAGGAACGAACUGACCUUAUCAUUAGGAUCCCGGCUACGAUGAGCAACGUGCCUUGCUGUACUUAGCUGCCUAAUACUGUGACGACUUGCAGCCAGCAAAUUGUGGCCGUGUUUUGGCAGACAGUGAUUGGAUUUAAGUGGCGUGUGAGUGUCCAGUGAUUUUAAAACAAUAAAAGUGAAAAGUGGUACAAAAUAAACUAUCAAAAUGACGGGUUUCGUGAAAAUCGCCAUCGACGAUUACUAUUCGGACAACAAUUGGACAACCAUCAUAAACAAGUACUGGAUGCUGGCAGAGCGAGUGUCAGAUCCCAGAGUACAAGGAUGGUUCCUAUUCGACACUCCGCUGCCGACACUGGCCAUGGUGAUCGCCUACCUCGCCUUUGUGAUGGUGGCCGGUCCACUCUGGAUGGCCAACAAGAAGCCCUUCAGGAUACAGAACGUUCUAGUAGCUUACAAUGCUGGACAAGUUUUAUUGUCACUCUACAUGUUUUAUGAGCACUUAGCGUCCGGCUGGUGGGGUGACUACAGUCUCGCAUGCCAACCUGUAGACUACAGCGAGAGUGAUAAAGCCAGACGGAUGCUCCAUCUCUGCUGGGUGUACUACUUCUCCAAGUUAUCGGAGUUCGCAGACACGAUAUUCUUUGUGUUGAGAAAGAAGAAGAGUCAGAUCACGUGGCUGCAUCUCUACCACCACGCACUUACUCCUUUCGAAGCUUGGUUACUUGUUAAAUUCAUUGCUGGUGGUCACGGAACAUUCUCGAACGUGGUGAACAACUUGGUGCACGUGAUCAUGUACAGCUACUACAUGAUGGCGGCCAUGGGCCCGCAGUACCACAAGUAUCUCUGGUGGAAGAAGCAUCUCACCACGCUGCAACUCGUGCAAUUUUUCAUGGUGCUGUUCCAUUCAAUAAGCGCGUUGCUCUACGACUGUGGAUAUCCCAAACUCAUCGCCUCCGGACUGAUCCUGCAUUCGACAAUCUUCAUAGUGUUGUUUAUGAACUUCUACAUGCAUGCGUACAAGAAAGACAAGGUGAAACCUCUAGCAGUGAACAACAACAACAAAGGUGAAGGAAUUACUGAAGAUACCAAAACAAGUGAACAUAGUAACGGACAUAUUAAUCUAAACGGUCAAAUCUGUAAUAGAGUAAACGGACACAUUACAAAUGGUUACACCAACGGUACUCAGUGUAAUGGUUUGACCAAAGCCAGUUUACAUGAAUCAAAUGACGUAUUGCUUUACGAAUCGAAUGGAAUAAACAACACUGUCAACGGCCAUAUUCUUAACUACAGUAAUAUUGAGAAAGAAAAGACGCAGUAGUUAGGUUUUUGUAGAUAUAAAGGUUUAAUUAAAAUGAAUUAAGUCGCAAUAGUUGUCACAAUUUGUGUAACAAAAUGUAAUUAAUUUGAUAUAUUUUAAUUGUUAAUUUAAGCCAGAUUAUUAGAGGCUGUUAAUUUUUAAUGUUUCAUUUUGUUUUACCAAACAGGACAUUUUCCAAUUGGAUAUAAAGUCGAUAAAUAAAUCGACUAUUAAGAAAUAAAACAACUGGUCAAUAAUUUAAAUUGUAAUUAGAUUCAAACACGAAGCGCUUUCAUUUUAGUGAAUAAUUAUAGUGGUUACGAAGAAGAAAGCGCUGAUGUUAGUCUAAUUACUGAUUGCCACCAACUCGACGGCUGCACGGCACAUACGAUACCAUCUCAUAGACGUAUUACAAGAUUCAAACUUUACAGCUGCUCGUUGUUAGCUACGAGAUUUUGGUACGAAGUGUUACCUACCACUGCAUUCCAUUACGCCACGUUACACCUUAAAUUGUGCUCUGCGUAGUACGUAUGAUGAUCCGAGCCACCAUAAAGAUUGAUUAACACAAACUUAUAAGUUGAUAGAUUCCAAUAUUUGAAAUAAUAGUUUCAGGAAAGAAAAACUGACUUUAAACCAUCUUUCAAAUGUUGUCAAUUUUCUUUAUUUUUUGAGUUGUACAAAUAAAAG